CUACCAAAAUUCGACCGUUACAGAUCUUCCGCUACAACAAAAGAGCUCACUUGACUGAAAAAAGGCCUCUUUGCUUGCAGAGAGUGGCCUUUCCGAUAUCCCGUUUCUCCAUUUUUUUUCCAUCUUUCUUUCUUUUAAUUCAUAACCCAUAACCAUCUUUCUCGCUACAAGCUCACAAACUAUGGAUUCCCCACCUCAAACGAAAAAAACAGGGUUAAAUCUCCCGUCUGGGAUGUCCGAGACAUCGCUUCGUCUCGAGACCUUUUCGGGUUCCUUUCGGGGCAUAUCGAGCUUAUCGUCGCCAUCCAAAUCUUCCACCUGCAGCGAUCGGUUCAUUCCCUGUCGAUCUUCGUCUAGGCUUCACACUUUUGGGCUAAUAGAGAAGGCAUCACCGGUCAAAGAAGGCAGCAAUGAGGCCUACUCGAGGUUGUUGAAAUCGGAACUUUUCGGGUCUGACUUUGGCUCCUUUUCUCCUGCAGGUGGUAACCAAGUCGGGUCUUCGCCGAUGAGUAGUCCCAGUAAAAAUAUGUUGAGGUUUAAGACCGAUCAUUCGGGUCCAAGCUCUCCCUUUUCGCCUUCGAUUUUGGGGCACGACGCCGGGUUCUCUUCUGAAACUUCUACCCCUCCGAAGCCACCACGGAAGGUCCCUAAAACCCCCCAUAAGGUUUUAGAUGCACCAUCUCUGCAAGAUGACUUCUAUUUGAACCUUGUUGAUUGGUCCUCACAAAAUAUGCUCGCCGUUGGAUUGGGAACCUGUGUUUAUCUAUGGAGUGCAUCAAAUAGCAAGGUAACAAAGUUGUGCGAUUUGGGACCUAAUGACGGAGUAUGCUCUGUCCAGUGGACCCGGGAGGGAUCAUACAUUGCGGUUGGUACAAGCCUUGGCCAAGUUCAGGUUUGGGACGGAACACAAUGCAAAAGGGUCCGAACUAUGGGAGGCCAUCAAACAAGAACAGGUGUUUUGGCAUGGAACUCACGCAUUUUAGCAUCUGGAAGCAGAGACAGGAACAUAUUUCAACAUGAUCUUCGGGUCUCCAGUGACUACAUCAGCAAGCUUGUUGGCCACAAGUCUGAGGUAUGUGGGCUUAAGUGGUCUCAUGAUGACAGGGAACUCGCUUCAGGUGGCAAUGAUAACCAGCUCUUGGUAUGGAAUCAGCACGGCCAACAACCAGUUCUAAAACUGACAGAACAUACAGCAGCUGUUAAGGCCAUUGCUUGGUCACCCCACCAGAGCGGCCUUCUUGCAUCUGGAGGCGGGACAGCCGACAGAUGUAUUCGCUUUUGGAACACCACAAACGGUCACCAACUGAACAGUGUCGACACUGGAAGCCAGGUAUGCAACCUUGCAUGGAGUAAGAACGUUAAUGAGAUAGUCAGCACUCAUGGUUAUUCCCAGAAUCAAAUUAUGGUUUGGAAGUAUCCAUCAAUGGGAAAGGUAGCCACUCUAACUGGGCAUAACAUGCGAGUGCUAUACCUUGCAAUGUCACCUGAUGGUCAGACCAUAGUUACUGGUGCUGGAGAUGAAACGCUCAGAUUCUGGAAUAUCUUCCCAUCCAUGAAAACACCGACACCGGUUAAAGAUGUUGGUCUUUGGUCACUAGGACGAACCCAGAUUCGGUGAUCUUUCUGCAGUGUGAAGUGUAAAUGGGGACCAUAAUAGAGUGUUUUUGUAUUAGCUUUGUAUGUAACCCUAUAGUGUUUUUCUUUUUUGAUAUAUCAAAACCUACAAAAAUAUUACGAAUUUUGUAUAGUAUAAACUUAUUUUUUGCUGUACAAUACUAAAUUUUGAAUGUAACCAAACAAGUCUUUAUUUGAACUAAUUAUUUCAUCAUUUUA